UAACUACCUGCGUAGUCCAUGCUCUCUAAUUGCGUUACCAAUUCCUCCCGUGUUUUUAGCUUCUGUAGUAGUAAAAAAUCAGAUUGAAAGCUUCCAAGAUGCAGGCUACUGAGCCAGCACUUUCGUUCGAUUCUAGUGCACCUUAAGGAGCUUCAAUGGUUGUCGUCAACGGCACGUCCGCCGUAGUACAACCUGCAUCAGCAAGUGCUCCUGCACCAAUGGCGCUCUCUCAGGAGACCAUGGAGGUCUCGCCGUCGGCUCCGCAGGCGUCGCAGAUGAUGCAUGGUGAUGUUGCGUCCCCCUGCCUUGCAGAUGUCGUAACCCCAAGGCUGAUGACAUGCAACGGAGUUUGGCUCGAUCGGGCAGGGCACAUCCUGUCAAUCUCUUGGGACUCCGACCAAGUUGUCAGCCGGGACAUUUCCACAAGCCGUAUCACCGUCGAUGAUGAUGACUCCUGAUCCAUAUAAGACGUACAUGCAUGAUCCCCUGUUGCGUGCCGAAGUUGUCCCAAAUGAAGAUCUUCGUUUCGAGAGCAGUGCUGAAGCUUAGAAGUUCUACUACUACUAUGCGGGCAAAGCGGGGUUUGAUGUACGGAAGACAAGGAGUAAUAGAAAGACUGUUGCAGAGUUUUCAUGCAAUAAACAGGGCCAUUGGGAAUUCUAUAAGCCUGAUGAAGAGAGGACACGUGAGAAGAUGUCAAUGAGGUGUGAAUGCAAGGCAUUUGUGAAGGCUAAGAAGAACACUAAAAAGGGAUAUUGGUUCUUUGAGAGGAUAAGGUUGGAUCACUCCCACCCAUUGCAUCCAUCACCGCGACUAACACACAGUUCAUGAAUGCACAUAAGAACAAGGAUCCGGUGAUCAUGGGAAUUGUUGACAAGAUGCAACAUGCUGAUGCAUCCCACAAUACCACAGUCAAUUAUUUAUCAGAUAUGUAUGGUGGUGUCCAGAACUUCACAUUCACUGAGAGGGACCUGAAAAACAGGAGGGCUGCAUCUGCAAGGUCGGAGAGGGAGAAUGACAUACCAAAGCUGAUGGAAUUCUUCAAGGAGAUGAAGGCCUAAAAUCCAUACUUCUACGAGGAGGUGCAAGUGGAUGAAAAUAAUGUGAUAAAAAAUGUAUUUUGGAGUCAUGCAAACAAGCAGGCAGAAUACAAGGAUUUUGGUGACGUGGUUAUGUUUGACACCACUUAUCGCACAAAUAUGUAUAGCAUGCCUCUAGCUAUGUUUGUCGGCUCAAACCAUCAACUUUAGAAUGUAGUGUUUGGCCAAGCACUUCUGCACGACGAGAAAGCUGACACAUUCGAGUGGCUGUUUAAAGCAUUCAAGAACUGCAUGUCAGGGAGUGAGGACCCACAAUGCAUACUUACUGAACAGGACAGCUCUAUGGCUGCUGCAAUACCAAGGGUGUUUCCAAAUACGCAACACAGGCUAUGCCAAUGGCACAUGCUUAAGAAAUACAGAGAUGAGCUAAAGAAGCUGUUCAAGGAGCAUGAAGGUCUGAAGAUCAAGCUCCUGACAGUGAUAAAUCACCCACUAACACCUAUAGAGUUUGAGGCGGCAUGGAGUGCGCUGCUAACAGAGUAUGGGACAAGAGAGAAUGAUGCUAUAAAGGGCAUUUGGGAGUCCAGGCAUCUGUGGGUUUCAGCCUAUUUGAAGCCUCUGUACUGUGGGAGGAUGACAUCAACACAAAGGAGCGAGAGUGUGAACAAGGCAGUCAAAAAAAGGGGUUUUGCAACGAGGAAGACAUGCAUGAGUAAAUUUGCUCGCAGGAUGCUCGAUUUCAUUCAACACAUGAAUCAUGUCUCAGCUGGUGAAACACAUUGUUCACAGGCAGAGAACUUUAGAGUGACAUUGCAACCAUUCGAUAAACAAUUGAGCCAGGUAUAUACCCGUGCAGUGUUCAAGAAGUACCGGGAAACAUACAUAUAUAGUACUGCAUUUCGUAUUGAUCCCGAGGAAGGCAAGGCAAACAGUUACCUGGUAACCCACACUAAUCAAUCCAAGGCAUAUUCGUGGUUUCAGCAUUCUUUCAAAGUGGAAGCCGAUGUGAACGCAGGUGAAUAUACGUGUGAGUGCAAGACAUGGGAACACAUAUGUAAAAAAAAUUAUACUUAGUUACAUGUUAAAUCAUUGUCAGGAAGGAACACAUGAAUAGGCUAGAGCACAAUUAUCAAUUUACAGUUUGUUUUAUUACUGGUUAGUGAUGGAAGUCAAUGUUGUCUAUUUCAGGCAUGUUCUGUCCCCAUCUGUUGAAAGCGUUCACGCAUCUACAAAUUACUAGUAUACCUGCAAAAUAUGUGCUGAAGAGAUAUAGUAGGGAUGCAAGGUUCUUCGUUAUGUGGGAUAGGCAUGACAUAGUAACUAUGGGUCCAAACUACACAACUGAGCAAUCCAUAACAACAAAGCUAGUAGAACUCGCAAUGGCUACAGUGAGGGCGUGCUGUAGGUCAGCUACAGGAUUUGAUAGAGUAUGUGAUGAUCUAGCUGCAUUAGCUACAUGGGCUGAGGCUAUUCUAGGAGAUUCUGGAUCAUCUCGAGUGGUGGAACAUGAGAAUUACCAAAAUGUGGAAAAUGAAACUAGAGAGGGCUCUAGAGCACCCCAGAUUGCAAAUGA